AUGCAGUACUUCCUGUCCCCGAACAAGGCCUCCGGCAAACUCUGCGAGGCAUUCAAGCGAGACCUCUUCUCCACCGAAGUGCCGAUAACGGCCGAAGAGAGGGAUUUUCCUCUCGGUUUUAUCCUUACCGUGUACAAAAGCAUCAAUCAUGUGGCGCGUCUGAUACGUCUCAUAUAUCGGUCAAAAAAUUUCUACGUCAUUCACGUGGAUAGAAAGUCACUACAGGCGUUCUAUGACGCAGUCCGAGAAAUCGCAAAAUGCUUCGGUGCCAAUGUUGGUGUGGUUCCUCGAAGCCAGAGUGUCAAUGUCAUCUGGGGAAAAUACACGAUCCUGGAGCAAGAACUCGUUGCCGCGCGAAUCCUCCUGCAAAUGGGGAAGUGGAAGUAUUUCAUAAAUCUGACAGGCCAGGAAUUGCCCCUGAAGACAAACUUGGAAUGA